AUGAGCAAAGCGACGGAGUUUGCAGGAGCACCAGAGCACUGCCCGGGGCCGGAGUCGGAGCAGGCUGGAAACGCUUCGGCGUGCGCCGGGUGUCCAAACCAGAACGUUUGUAAGACAGCUGCGAAGACAGACACUGUCGAUCUCUCGUUGAUUAGAAGGCAAUUGGAACGGGUCAAGCAUCAAAUUCUCGUUCUUUCAGGAAAAGGCGGCGUUGGAAAAUCGACGGUUUCUUCUCAACUGGCAUUUUUCCUUGCCGAGUCCGACUCGGACGCAUCCGAGCCGCGCCAGGUCGGUCUGCUGGACAUUGACAUAUGCGGCCCAUCUAUUCCCCGAAUUAUGGGGCUCGUUGGGGAGACGGUCCAUCAGUCCAGUUCAGGGUGGGAGCCUGUUUACGUUGAAGAGAAUUUAGCCGUUAUGAGCAUUGGUUUUUUACUAGAGAAAGAGAGCGAAGCUGUUAUAUGGAGGGGGGCGAGAAAGAGUGCUCUGAUUAAGCAGUUUUUGCGCGACGUGUAUUGGGGCGAGCUCGAGUAUCUUGUGAUAGACACACCUCCAGGGACGUCGGAUGAGCACCUCAGCAUUGUGACGUAUCUCAAGCAGGUUGGUGUCACAGGGGCGGUGAUCGUGACGACGCCCCAGGAGCUCGCGCUCUGCGAUGUAAGAAAGGAAAUCAACUUUUGCAAGAAGGUCGGGAUACCUAUAUUGGGGGUCAUAGAAAACAUGAGUGAAUUUGUGUGCCCGAAGUGUCAAACAGUCUCACAGAUAUUUGCGCCGACCACUGGGGGGGCCGAGAGAAUGUGCGAGUUGACGCAGGUUCCGUUUUUGGGUAGGGUCCCGUUGUACAUGCCCAUUGCCCAGCACUGUGACGAGGGAAGGCCGUUUGUGACGGCGCAGUCGCCUCAAAGUCCGGCCGCCUUGAAGUUGAAGCAGAUAUUUCAAGAGAUAGUUCGAGCUGUUGAAAAGGGCUAAGCUUGCGCGAUUUGCUUGGGGAAGUGGUGACUUCCGCGCUUUCUAGGCAUUAGCAUUUUUUUUUGACAGCCGGUUUUUAAAAAAUUCAGCGAUUGAUUUCAGCGUUGUGCCGAA